AACAUCAGUGUUCAGUUAUAAAAAGCCUCCAGCAACCCGAGGUUAGACGAUCUAUAUAAAGACACGAGAGAAAAUUGAGUUUUUGAUAUUAGUUAAGGCCUUAGAUAUGGAUUCCGAUUCAUUAGUAUGCAGACGUUGUCAUAGGUGGAUAAUUACCACAAAGAGAAAAAUGUAAUCUGCAAUUAAACCGAUUUCAGAAGCACUUAUUCCACACAAGAGAUAGGUGUGGCUUUCACAGAAUGUAUUGAUGUAAUGAAAGCGAAAUGCUCUAUCAAAACACUUGCAUGGAAUUAAUUGGAGCAGCGAAAGAAAACAGCAGGGCCGUCGACGGCUGGCAUCAUCGGAGGCAUCAUUGGUGUGGUCCUCUUGCUGGUGAUCGUGGGCGCUGUCGUCAUGCUGGUCCGCAAACGCAAGCAGAACGCAGAGAACGGAGAUGGUCCUCCCAAGCACAAGCCCCCUCCGCCUGUGAAGACCGGCAGCUCCACGGAGAUGCUGAACAAGCAUGUCACGGACCCAGUGACGAAGGAGGUGACGGAGACCCAGCCUUUAAGUAAGGUCUACUACGAGACCAGCGGAGAGCCUGUUACGGAUCUGGAUGCCUGCGACGAUGACGACGAUAACACCCGUGGGGGUGGGGCUGCUAAUGGCGGCGGCCCUGCUGUCCUGGAGGACUCGAUACAGUAUGCCGAUAUCGACGACACGCUAAAUGACGGAGCGCUGCCGCCGUACUCCGGCGCGGACGGUCACCACGUCGACGAGCCGCCGUCGACCACUGUGGCCCGAGGAGAAAGCUUUGUGUCGGCAGCCAUGUAUGUUUAGCAGAUGACGUUUUAGCCUCCGUGACGAUGACAACAACAACAACAUCAACAACGUGCCUGUAGACCCAGGAAGUUCUGGACCUAUCGGCACAACUCCAGCCUCCCGAUGUGGUCAGAUCCUAAAUGCAGUGUUUACUACUCUUGUGAUUCCGGAAAGGUCACCAAAGGUCACCGGAAACACAAUUCAAAAUAUCACCAGAAUUAUCACUCGAAACUGGUUGUUUGAAUGUUGCAGUGUUAUACUUAAGCAAUAAGGACCAGAGAUGGUGUAGUAUAUGACCAAUAUACCAUGGCUAAGGGCUGUUCUUCUGGGUACAGCCCUUAGCCGUGGUAUAUUGGCCAUAUACUACAAACCCUCGAGGUGCCUUAAUGCUAUUAUAAACUGGUUACCAACGUAAUUAGAACUGUGGUAUACGGUCUGAUAUACCACAGCUUUCAGCCAAUCAGCAUUCAGGGCUCGAACCACCCGGUUUAUAAUGUACAGUAAGCAUCCUCAGACCGAAAUGCCGUUUUAUGGCAGUAUGAACAGAAUGAGGUUGUCACUGCUUUAUAACAUUGCACCAUGACAAAGUUUAAGAAUCUGACUUUUUGGGUUCAAUCUAAAUUGCAAGAGCUGGCAAUACUGCGUUGUUAGGGAAACAAAGUGUGACAUCUUUGUUUACAGCAAAGCACACAAUGCAAACACAAUUAUCAAUGAGCGUGCAAUCUCCCCCCACACACAGGAAAGAUGAACAUUUAAGUCAAAUUAAGUUAAAAUUAUAAGGAUUGUAUUUUCAGUGUCAAAAUACCCAGCAUAUAUUGGAAAAUACUGCCAUUAGUACCAAUUUAUGUAGAUGGUGGCUAUUAUACGCUAUAAUAUAUGCUGUUUAUUUUACACACAGUGAAAUAUGUAUUGAAAUCUUUUCUAUUUUAGUCUUAUUCUAAAGCCUUUUAUGUACCUAACCACAAAUGUGCAAAACAUCAUUGAUGAACAAUUAUGUGAGACCGUGUCAAGUUGGUCAAAGAUGUCAAAGUGAACCAAAUUAUCAACGAACACUGUAAAUAAUAUUGCUGAUUUAAUAUAUUGUCGGUGAAAUGUGUGCACAUUAAAAAAAACAACGAGUGUAGGUGUUUUCAGAACCUCUUUGUAUAGGGGUGUCAGUUUCCAUGUGAAAUUGAAAAAGAAAAAGUAUACAUUUAACUUUAACGGGUAUUGAGGUUGUCAGUCACAAGGCUUAUGUUUUGAAUCUAAAAAUGCUGUGUGGAUUUUAGUCCUUAUAACUCGGCAUGGCAUGAUCGGUGGCUUGUUUCAAUCAGUUGGCUCACUUUUUUUCUCCCAAGGCUACUUAGACACCAGGGCUUAUACUUUUUGAAUGUUGUCGACGUCUGCGUUCCUCCAUCGUAUCGUUUACUUCGAGCACAAACACAUGGAUAUAGAGCAGCGGGUGAUUUAGGCCGUACAGAAGGCGCACAGCACGACUUGAUAAAGCUUUUUGCUGAUACAUAAAUCAGUCAGCAUAUGACUGUUCUUUCCACGGGGUGCUUAAUGCAGGGUGCAAUAAACAAAGAGUUGAAUGUAACUCUUGCUGAGGAAUGGGAACAAAUCAUUGGUUCUGGCUGUUCCAAAGAGCUUGAGAGUCGCACAAUUCCACGAGGGCAUUGAUCUGUCUGUGUCACCUCAACGGACGGAGACAAGCAAGGCUAUAUUCGCUAAGUACAUUAGCUUGUUGAAUAAAAAAAAACGACGCAAAGAAAAAUACAAAAAUGAGCAAAAAGCACAUGUAGAUAUGUAAGUAAAUAAAUAGAUACUAUGACACUAAUGAUUGCUAGACAGAUGUAGAAAAAUAGAUAUGGUAUAUAGACUGCUAGGUAGACGGACUGGUAGACGGGUACACGGACACAGAGAAGUAGAACACAGUAGUUACUGCCUAUCCCAUUGUGCUUUAUUCCAUCACAGUCAGUGCUCCACUGCACUACUGUCAUUAUUUUUUGAUGUGACAAUCACUUUGAAAACAACUUUCAUUGGCUUUUGGUGGCACUUCGGUCUCUAUGGUGUUUCUUUUAAAGAUAAUGUCUGCAUGCUGCAUGGAACUAUGGGUAGCUCAACUUCUUCUCUGUGCAAAAAGACUCAUGCUGCCAUUUUGAAAACGUAUGGCUGUGGGCGGCGGGCUCGCAUAAAGUGGUACAGUGUCAGACAAUCACAUCUGAAUUUUAUAGCCCUUACACAGGUCAGAGUUCAAAGGGAAAUUAAUUGUGCAUUUUUUUAUUUGCUUUUAUAAACUGUGAUUCCAUCUUCUUUUUUUAAAUUGUAUUUAUUGCUUCAUAUUGCCGUCGGAAAUAUAUUGUACUGUUUUGUGUAUUGCCUAUAAAAAGAGCCUCAAAAUUUAAGAUGUGUUGAUAUGUUGAGCUUAGAAAACGACAAUCGUUGGGCCCCUUGGGUUUGUUAUUAUCAAAGACCAAUGAGUCAGCAUUCUGUUUUAGUUCUGUUGUUUUAUACUCAAGGCAUCUGAUAACGUUUUCUCGCUGCAGCAUUAGUUGCAGUGUGUGUUUGCCAAGCGCUUUGCCUCCGUCCCGAUAGGUUUAAUGCCAAAAAUACAAACUGUGAAUGUUAGUGAUAAUGCUAAUCUGAAUCCGGUCUUCUUCCUUCCCCGCUUGUUUAAUUAUCUCACAUUCACUGUCGCUUUUCUUUUCAUCACCAAGCCAGAUGUGCCUUCGUUACUUUAUUUUUAGCUUGUUCACUUACACAUUUGUUUCUGUCUUAGAAAAUAAAUAUGAGAUGAAAAAAAAAAAAAUGGGGUUACCUCUGAUUGUGGAAAGCCAAACACUUGAGAUCAUUGUGAUUAGUUUUUUUUAAAACAUGUUCUUAAUUUCCCUUUUUUCUUUUUCAUUUGCUUUUUUGAAAGCAUAUUAUGUUUUAAGGAUCAUUGUCUUGUCGAAUAAAAUGUAAACCAAAGGCCCUGAA